AUGGAAAUCAUCGAUAUCGACUCGAUAGACGUUUCCCCUAAGCAGCAGCUUAAGAACGUGAAGGAUGCCCAAUUGCAAUUCCAUCUACAGCUUCGUAAAGCUGGUUUAUCUUUGACGAACGCGAUUGGCAUCGCAGCAGACGCUUUACUGGCCAUUUUGCCGGAUCAUGAGGACUACAAUACUGCAUUUAAAAGUGACAGUGUCACUGUGGUGGUUGCAAGAUUCACUAGUGGCAAAACUGUGAUAGUCCGUGGAGGUCUUGUCAAUGUGUCAUCCUCCUUCGCAAGCUGUUCGCUAAAUGGCAGCAUAGAUGCUACGAUGGUAGUGAUGGACAGAAAUCUGUUUUCCUGGAACGGAUCAACCUUCGGUCAGAAUGUCACGACACCCGUAAUUUCGUUUUUGUUGGGACAUCAAGGCUUAGACAACUGCACUUUGGAACUAGAUCUCUCUAUACCUAUAGUAUUUGGAUCAACAGAGCGACCAAAGCGUUAUCGCAGAGAUCUGGAUGGUGUUGGAUUCGGUGGAACGCAGCUCUCAGAUGGUGGUACUAAUAUUGGGUGGGGAAAAGACAUGGCAAUGGCAUACCAUGCAUACGACGUGCCGGCUGCAACGACUGUGGUCGUGAUGCAUCUGUCGUGGUGGGAUCACGCUGCCGCCUACAGGGUCUUCUUCCGUCACGAUGCGCUGCCAACAGAGGAGCUGUAUGACGACAUGGAGACGGUGAUGGAGGAAGAGGUUGUUCUGGCAUGGCAUCGAGAAACGGGCAGCUCACGGACCUGGAUUCCUAAUAUCGAUCGACGCCGGGGAAAGCUAUACGUUGGAAUCCAGAAAACAGGGCCUGAAAGUAUUCUAAACACUGCACCUUCUACUAAUGAUUACAAACUACAGGCAUCAACAGUAAGUUGUUUGAGCUGGGAAUAUACGCCAGAAAAGUGGACCACCGACUGUGGGGUGAGCAACUUGAUGCAGACAUGGCAGUACUUGAAACAUAAGCUUAUUACAAACAGUUGUCCGAAGUAUAUUACAAACAGGAUGCCAGCCUCGUAUCUAUACCAGAUCACCGUCAACACCGGCUCUAUGUUCGGUGCUGGCACCUCGGCACGAAUUGGUUUCCAAGUAUUCGGAUCAAAAUGCAAGACGGCAGUCAAAAUGUUGAACCCUAGAGGAGAAUCGUUGCUACGCGGAGGCUCUUAUGACUUCAUUAUGCCAGUGAAGAAGCCACUCGGUCAUUUGGAACUCCUGCAAAUCUGGCACGACAGCACCGGGCGUGGUGACGCCGCUUCCUGGUUCCUGAGAGAAAUUAUUGUAAAGGACCUACAAACAGAAAGAACAUAUCAGUUCGUGUGUUAUGAUUGGUUGUCUGAUGCGAGAGGUGACUGCCAAGUUCAAAAGGUUCUACACGCGACAACUCAAGAACAACUACAGUCUUUCAGUACAUUGUUUCGCGAGAACACAAACGCAUUGUUCUAUGAUCAGCACAUGUGGACAUCCCCUAUUGUGUCACCUGAAGGCUCCAGUUUCUCCAAGACAGAACGGCUGUCUUGCUGUUGGGCGGUUGCCAACGCUAUGAUGGUGGCUAGUGCCAUGUGGUACAGGGAUGAGAACAAUGAUUCCAUCACCAACAUCGUGUAUAACCUUGGAUUUGUGCGAUUCACGCUUCAAGAACUGUACGUCAGCAUCGUUACUACUGGUCUGGUGACACCGGUUUCCAUGAUACCGCUUCUGCUGUUCAGGAAAGAAAUACCUGCUCCCGUCACAGCUCCAGGAGUACGGCGCACUAAUUCUGUGAAACGGUUUUCCCGCUGGCCGAAGUACGUGGCAUGGACGAUAGUAGUGGUUUCAUCCGUCGUCUCGUCGUUCUUUGUGAUCAUGUACAGCCUGGACUGGGGUAGAGAGAAGAGUGAAGCAUGGCUAAAGGCCUUCUUUCUCUCAUUUUGUUUAACGAGUGUUGUUGCUGAAACCGGCCAGAUACUUCUCCUGGCGUUACUAGCUGCCUGGAUCUGUAACACGACGCCUUCAAGCAAACAGAGGACGUACGAGGUCAAGAAAGAUGAACUGCAUUUGCACCUUUUGGAACGUAAAGCUCCAGAGAAAGUGCACUCACCCGGAGCUGCCUCUGUACAAAGGAUGAAAAGAAAGAACGAACAGCGGCGGAAGUUUCACAUCGUUCUAAGGGAGUACACCAUCCUGUUCCUGUUAGUUGUUGUGCUGUUCUUCAUCAGUCAACAGGAUAAAGAUCCGUUUGCCUUCAAUGCAUCGCAGACCUUAUCGUCGACACUCACCAAAGGCUUUAACUCGAUAACGACUCCUGGAGAUUUCUGGGCGUGGAGUGAGAAGAUCUUUUUGCCUGUUCUAUACCCUUCGUCGUGGUAUAACGGCUGGAAAAUGAAGUACCUGGAUCGCCAGUUUCCACUUCACACUCAAGCAUUCCGAAUCGGCCCUCCACGUUUUAUCCAAAUAAGGGAUACAGCAGAUUCUGUAGAACUAGACGAUACCCCAAAUGGUUGGUUUGUCUUCACCGGAAAUGGCUCAUAUCCCUGUUGGCAGUUUAACGCCACAAGUACAUUGGUAUUUGAUUCAGACUGCAUCUCAAAACACUCCAUGGAACUUCCUACAACCCUAGCCCAGGCCACCUCUACACUGUCAGAUCUUCAGCGUACCCAGUGGAUCGACCAAUAUACAAAGUGGUUGGUUCUGGAACUGUCGUUGUACUACCCGUCCCGCAAGCUAUUCAGCAGCCUACAGAUGACCGUACAUAAGACAAAUAUUGGUCAUAUUUCUACAUCUGCAACCGUUAGGACGUACAGGCUGUUCCAGUAUGAAAACACUUCUGAUUAUGGCGUGAUGAUAGCCCACAUCCUCUUUAUCGUAUUUUUCCUUGCUAACCUCAUAAUGGAAGCGAUGGUUAUCAAAGAGAAAGGCAUGAAGUACUUCUUUUCUAUCUGGAACUUGAUUUCUUUUGUGAGCAUUAUUGGAUCUGCAGUUCUCAUCUGGGCCUUUGGAAUGAGGUACCAUUUUGCAUCUGAAGCACUGAAGAAAAUAGUGGAGGCAACAGGCUAG